AUGUCGCUGAUGACCUCAAGAACACAAGAAUUCUAUCGCAACCGCAUGGCGCAACAGCAAGACAUCCUGCAACAGUACAAGCAAAUAAUGAAGCGCAACCCACGACCUGGAUGCCAACAAAGGGCUCUCCACGUUGCUGCCGUUAACGCGCGCCAACAGGCUGCAGAACCCCACGUCGCCAUGGUCAUUUGCGUAAUUCGUGUUAAUCUUGCCGACAGCCGCAUGCUCUCCGCUGCUAUCGUGUUCGCUGCAGAAUACCCACCACCCUGUAUAGCCGGCAAGGUCACCAAUACCACUUAG